UCUAGGCAUGUUUACAUAUGACGAGUCCACCAAGCUGUUCUGGUUCAACCCACCCUCUCUGGAGAACGAGGCCCAGUUCACCCUGAUAGGCAUCGUCUUGGGCCUGGCCAUCUACAACAACUGUAUCCUGGAUGUUCACUUUCCCAUGGUGGUCUACAGGAAACUAAUGGGGAAGUUAGGCACCUAUCUGGACCUGGCAGACUCACAUCCGGUUCAGUACCAGAGUCUGAGGGAGCUGCUGGACUACGAGGGGGAUGUGGAGGAGGACAUGAUGAUCACCUUUCAGAUCUCACAGACUGACCUGUUUGGAGACCCCAUCACUUAUGACCUGAAGGAACACGGGGACAAGAUACCUGUUAGUGUGGACAAUAGAAAGGAGUUUGUCUCUCUGUAUAGUGAUUACAUACUUAAUAAGAGUGUGGAGCGCCAGUUCAAAGCCUUCAGAAGGGGCUUCCAGAUGGUCACCAACGAGUCGCCUCUCAAGUGUUUAUUUAGACCUGAGGAAGUGGAGCUACUGAUCUGUGGAAGCAGGAAUUUAGACUUUCACGCACUUGAAGAAACAACAGAGUAUGACGGAGGCUACAACAAAGACUGUUGCAUUAUCAAAGACUUCUGGGAGACGGUGCAUUCGUUUGGUGAGGAGGAUAAGAGACUGUUCCUCCAGUUUACUACGGGGACUGACAGAGCACCCGUAGGAGGGCUGGGCAAGUUAAAGAUGAUCAUCGCCAAGAACGGCCCCGACACAGACAGGUUACCUACUUCUCACACAUGUUUUAAUGCCUUGCUGCUCCCCGAAUACGACACAAAGGAGAAGCUGAAGGAGAGACUUCUCAAAGCCAUCACUUAUGCCAAAGGAUUUGGAAUGCUGUGAAACAAAACAACUACUCUGAACAUAAAACAUAAAGUUAAAUGGUUUAAAUGUGUUAAUGGAUAAGGAGGGAGUUCUACCAUACAAUGAGACAUGAGUUCAACUUAAAAAGUGGCAUUACGACAAGGAAAUGUUCCAGUAGUGUGUGCCAAGAUAUCAAUUAGACAGACGCUUUGAUCUACCCCCCCCUCCCCCCUCAGAUCUCUUUCAUGUAGAACCUAAUUUGUAGCUUUUUCAAAUAGUUUAAAUCAGUCCGAAUGCUUAGUGAAGCUCGGUUCUUCUACAUGUGUUUAUUAAAGAUGGUUGCCGUGUAAAAACA